CUAGUCGCGGUUUGGAAGUUCAGCCUCUUCAGUGGACUACUACACAAUACAGACAUGGGGAUGCUACGUGUUGAAGAGCUGGUUACCGGCCAGAAAUGUGAGCAUAAGGAGCACGAUCAGUGCUUUCCAGAGGAGACCCUAGAGGGGGAGUACGAGACCGCCGUCACCCAGGAGAAACAGGACGAUCUGAGAUCGCACCCGGGACUGCUCUCCACCACGAUCUGUGACUGCGAGGUCACCCCCAGAGCCUUAAACGUAGACAAAGCCGGCCGCCUGAAACUUGAGACUGUGGAUGACCUUUACAACAUUUUGCAACUGAGGAAGAGGAAGAGAGUGAGGAAGGUGCCAGUUCAGCAGACAGUGCCUAUUCCAGUGAUCGUGCCUGACGUAGUGGAUGAAAUGACAUUCCUGAGCGCAGCUAUGGACAACACACUGCCGGUGGUUGAGAAGUACCUGGCGGAUGGAGGGGAUCCGAACAUCAGCGACAAUUUUAAUCGCACGGCACUGCACAAAGCAAGUUCCCAGGGCCAUGUGGAGAUUGUGCAGAAACUCCUGGAGGCUGGGGCUUCCAUCGAGAGCAAAGACAAGCUGGAUUCAACAGCCGUGCACUGGGCAUGUCGAGGAGGAAGUCUGCCAGUGCUGGAGCUACUGCUGAACCACAACGCCAGCCUCAGUGCCAGGGACAAGUUGCGCAGUACUCCCCUACACGUGGCAGUGAGGACAGGCCGCCAUGAGUGCGCUCAGCAUCUCGUUCACUGUGGAGCAGACAUAAACUCCAAAGACGGGGAGGGUGAUACACCGAUGCACGAAGCUGUAAGAACAAACCGCUUCAAAAUUAUCCAACUGCUGCUGAUCUCUGGAGCAAACGUGACACUCAGGAAUUUUGAGGGAAAGACUCCGAUGGAGAACCUGCUCCAGUGGCAGAGUGGGGCGAAGAACAUCCUCUGUAAUUACAAGGAAGAGAAUCAUUAGUUCAUUCAAAAAAUUAUAUUAAAACAAUCUUUUCAGGAGGCACGCCAUUUCAGAAAGAAAAUGUGCUCCUUUGGAAGCCAAACAUGUGAAAAACCUGCAGUUUUGCAACAAUGUCCAAUUUAUUGGACAUGUGCCUGGAUAACAGAGAGCUGUUGGGGAAGCAAACAAGAGUGAAAACAUUUACACAUCUUAAGAUGUGUAGCAAUUGCCAAUUUGUCAGAACUUCAUUUUACAGAUAAAGUAGAAUCUGACAAAAAACUGAUAAAUAUUGAAAUUCUGUUACGGUUACGUCCAAUAUGGUAGUGGAGUAAAGGCGAGGCGAUAAAGCAAUCAGUUUUGGCAGAUUGCAGGACAGGAAUGAUGAACACUUGAUUUAUGAUUAUUUUAUUGAAAAUUUCUAAUUAAGACUCAGAGCCUCGUUUAAGAGCUGUGUUCCUUAAGAGGCAAAGGGAAUGUAAUGUUUGUUUUUCGUGUUUCAGAGAAAGCAAACAGAAAUAUGUGAAUUUAUUGAGAACGAGGAUCUAUUGACAGAAAAUGUAUGGAGUCACAAAAGCCACGUGAUGCCAGGUUUAAUGUUAGGAAAUCAAUAUUCAAUGAGGAAUACUGGGCAGUAGGCAAUCUUUACUGAAAAAUAUUGUACUUAAAAUAAGUGUAAUUGAAAGGCAAUGCAGGUUUUAGAAAAGUGCAAAGAGAAAAUGAAAAAUAAAAUGUUAUGGCUAUAUUACUCGAGAGGGGUCAAUAUUAUGGAAGUUCAGAGGGAUAUCAGGAAGUGAACGCUUAAUGUCACGUGACAUUUGUAAGCGUUGUUAGAACUUAUUUUUGCUUUGUGUUUCAUUCAGUAAUUUAAAAAAUGAUAUGCUUUGCUGAAAUCAAAUUAGUUUCAGAUACAGAUGUUUUGGGAUUUUUUUAUUUACGAAGGUAUCUGAAUACAUGAAAGGUAAAAUAAAAUUGUGCCAGUCAGGUAUGUUUUGAAAUAAUUUUUGUGUGAUAUUUUCCAUAAGAGCAUUUAAGAUUGAAUGCACUUACUGAAUGUAUUGUAUUUUUUGUACAUGAUGUAAAUGUUUUUUAUGUGAUGUUUUUUAUGCAUUUUUAAAGUUUUUCUUGCUAUUGUAAAAUAUUGAACAGAAUAAGAGUUUAAAUAAGUAUAUUUGUCUGCUUUCA